ACACACACACAGCAAAAUAAUCUAGAACAUGGAUAUGAGAUCAGAGGUGGGUAGGCGUCCCUUUCCUAAUCUGCUGAGGGGUCAGGAUAAAACCGCCCCAUCAGUAGUCUCCUCCUGAGAAAGCCCAGCGUAGCCACCCACACUUCCAGCAGAGACGGAGAAACAUACAACGAGCGGUGUGGCAGACUGCCAGUCACCUGCAGUGUAAAAUCAGACUGAAGCUCUACAUCAGGGAGAGAGAAUACAGAGGGGGUUGAAUACGAAACAGCCACUAACUAUCAGUGGUUUCAUCAAAACAAACAACAGCUAUGAAUCUUGAGCCCCCUAAACCUGAAUUUAAGUCAGCUACCCGAGUGACUGGAGGCCCAGCCACACCACGCAAAGGCCCACCCAAAUUUAAACAGAGGCAGACUCGCCAGUUUAAGAGCAAACCACCAAAGAAGGGCAUUCAGGGAUUUGGAGACGAUAUCCCUGGUAUGGAAGGUUUAGGCACUGACAUCACAGUCAUCUGCCCUUGGGAGGCCUUCAGCCACUUGGAGCUGCACGAGCUGGCUCAAUACGGCAUCAUCUGAGUUCACCAUCUUCCCGCCAUCCUUUUCACUUUUCCCUUACAUUCUGCCUCCACCCUGGCCAUGGGCUCCUGUGGGUCAAUUUGCACGCACACCUCAUCAUACAACAAUAAAAAAAUGGAAAAAUCAGAGGAAAAAAAAAACUAACAAAAAAAAAAACCUUAUCUAACUGUCCACCUCAUGGUUUCUUUCUUCUAUGCUCGUCAGUUAACUCAAGAUCAGCAUACAUGUCUGCGUUUGACUUAUUGGCUGUAAGAUCGCACUCAGUUAUAUUAGAGGUACUCGUUCUGUCCUUUCUCCGUUUCGCUGCGAUCUCUCUUUCAUAUCUGUAUUGUCCUUUGUUUGGGAACAGAACUACAAACUUAAGCAAGCAAGACAGCCUCAAAGUGAGUUUAAGUGUUGCACCCGUGAAAUGAUCGGCUUCUCAUUUCAUGUGUCCAGGCCUCUCUGGUGACAUUGCAGAGGUUUAUCUAUUUUUUUUUUUAAUUAUUAAAAAAGGUCAUACUCCUGUAGACAUAGGAUACUGAUCGACUGCCUGACCGUUAAUGAAUAAAUGUGACACCUUGCGUUAAAAACCAAACCCAACCAAAAGAAAUCCUGCUGAUUUAGUUUUUGCUUACAUACAGUACUGACUCUUUAGGCAUUAUCCCACUUGACCUUUUCUACUUUAUUAUUGAUUGUAUAAUACACACUUCUGCACUCAGAAAUAAAACAUUUUUAAGCUUAAGUCUUCACAGAAAAGUUCAUCGCCAAUUCAUCGCCUGGUUAUUAUAGCAAUUUUAAAGAAAAUAAAGAAGCCAAAACGGCAAGCCAUAGACACGGCUUUGAUUAAAGUUUAGUGCAGGGUUCAGGCAAUUACAAUCAAGAAAUAUUCACUUGAUCUGUUUUGUGUCUAAUUUAAAUGCAUGCUGGAUUGGCUUAUUUAUUAUUCAUCUUUCUUGUUCGUCCUGGUGUCAUUUAUUCUUAUUGUGUCUGCCUGCUGUCUUUUUGUGCUGUUUCAAACCCCAAACCUAAUUUCAAUUGCAUUGAAUUCUUACUGAUUAUCUUUGAAUAUUUCUUGUGUAUCUUAAACCAACAUUAACUGAUUCCUAUCUACACACUGUAAAGUUAAUUGCAUGUUCCUUUUUUUUUUUUUUUAGCUUUCCUUAUACAUUAUACAGUCUUUACUUGAUCUGAUCUGUUACUGGAUGCUGUGUGUUGAUGCUGUGUUGUAUAGUUGCAUGUGAAAUAUUCAGCCUAAUUUAUUCAUUUCAUAUUUAUUUACCAGUGACACGUUGCUUGUCCUCCACACAAACCCUUACAGAACCCUUUACAGUAAAAAGACUCAAUGCAUUUUGCAUACUCUCUAACAUUUACGUCAACUCUCACCCAGUUCCCUCCUGACAUCUGUGUACUUGGAUGAUGGAAAGAUUGUUAGGGAGGUUUUGCAGUAUUUUACUCCCUUGGUCUCUGUUGGUAUGUUUGCUCAAUAGAUGACAAAACUUUCACCUUUCACCCAACACCAUGACUGUAAACAGUGACUGAAGUAACAGUGUUGCUUCUCUACAGGAUGAGAUCAAAAUAAAGCUUAUAAAAAGGGGAAAAUUGUUUCUUGG